CUUAAAUGUUCGAUUAAAAAGAAGAAACAACGGUACAGCGACAUUAUGAGCGAUAUAGGAAGAGCCGAUGCUCAGCCAGAUGAUGGAUCUGCUUCUCGAGAGAAGACAGAACAAAAGGAUGAGAAACCUUCAAUGAAGAUUCGUAAGAGAGCGUUGGAAGAGGCAUCUCCUUCACCAUCAGCAUCGGCGUUCUCAUUGAGAAGAGGUACACAGUCGCAACCUCCCGAUGGUGAGAAGACUGCGGCUACCGCAGAAAAGAGACGUCCUAAACCUUCAUGGAUGUCACAAGAAGACUACGAUAAGCUGAAUGGGGUCAAGACUUUAACUGAUGCGGAACCGGUACAGAAGAGGUUGAAAGCACCUUCAAGGAGAGGAGGGUAUCUUCCACGUCCAAGAGGCAGCGAUGAUCAAACCGGCACAGCUGAAGAUAUACCAGCACAUUUGUCAACGUCGCAGCCGUCUCAAAUCGCUGAUGAUUUGGUAUCUCGUGAUAUUGCGUACAAGAAACAGGACCUCAACGUAUCCAUUAGGCAGCAUUACAACGUGAGAGCGUGGGAUUCGAAACGUGAACGUCGUGACCAAUCCACAAUCAUCAAGCUGAGAAACUUCAACAAUAUCAUCAAACACAUGCUGAUCAGCGAGAGUGUCAAGGAACCGGGUUGGCACGUACUGGAUUUGGGAUGUGGUAAAGGGGGUGAUUUACGUAAAUGGGAACAGGUCAAUGUGAGUCAGUACGUUGGUGUCGACAUAUCCAACGCAUCAAUUAUGGAAGCCAUAAGACGCUACAGAUCUAACCGCUCACGUUUCCCUGUUGUUUUUGCCACGGGUGAUGCGUUUGGACUGCCACUUCCAGAAGUGUUACAUGAUUUCCCAGAAGUGGAAUUCCCUAUGGACAUCGUCUCUAUGCAGUUUUGUCUACACUAUGCCUUUGAAACUGAGGAAAAGGCUAGGCAGACAAUUGAAAAUGUCUCCAGAUCACUAAGACCAGGAGGUGUCUUCAUAGGAACCAUCCCAAACAGUGAGUUUAUUGGCCACAAGAUUAGACACUUGAAGCCCGGUGUGAAAGGUUUUGGAAAUAGCCUAUACUCUGUUACAUUCGAAACCCAACCUCCAAAGUCUGGGGAAUUCUCAAGCCCCUUCGGUAACGUCUAUAACUACUACCUGAAAGAUGCAAUUGAUAAUGUCCCAGAGUACAUCAUCCCAUUUGAAACGCUGAGAGCUAUUUGCUCGGAAUUUGGUUUAAGACUGAAGUUUAAACAGCCAUUUCAGGAUUAUUUUGUCCAACACAUUCCAAAUUUCUUCUCUAGGUUGAGUCCAAAGGCUUUAGAAGGUAUUAGAAAGAGUAACGGUGGUUACGGUAUAUCUGGUGAAGAAUCGGAAGCAACUUCAUACUUCUACUUGGCAUUUACAUUUGUGAAAGCAGGUUAAAUAUCAUAAAUAUUACACAACAUGGUAGAUCU